GGAAUUCUCGAUAUGCUCACUUAUACUUCGGCGUGAUCAUAUCACGGGGUCGGGGCCCGUCCGAUGGAUCGCGCAAAUAGACUAUAAAAUUCUCGCGAAUAUUUGGUAUCUUGGGACAAGUUACCACGCUCACAUCUACCAACAGUUGAUUUAUUCCAAUUUUUUUUAACGGCGGAGUGCUUUUGACAGGGUUUCACAACUAGCUUUGGUUCGAUCAAAGCCCACUGAAACGGUUUCCCCUUUCUACUCGACUCCAUGUGACAUUACGUGUCUCUAUCAAUUAUGACAGUGCCUAAGCCAUAAUGGCCUAUAAAAGCACUGCAGGAUGGUAUAUUAUCCAGUAUCGAUAUGACUUUAGUCUCAGACGAUCCCGUUUGGUGGCCCUCCAUUAAUUCGUAUCGUAUCGCUAGCUAUUUUAUAGUUGCGGCCUCUGCUGGGGUGAUGUACGAUUGGGUAUUGACAUUCGGACAUGAGGUUGAACUGAUUUGGAGGCAACACUGGUCCCUCAUGACCGGUCUGUAUCUCAGUGCACGCUACCUUGGAUUAGUAUAUGCAGCCAUCGGCUUGCUGAUAUAUGUUCCAACAAUAUCUUUGACAGAUGCGGUGAGCCAUAUCAUAUACGUUGUAUCAAAUUCGAUGAUCACAGUCGUGAAUGCAAUACUAGGCGUCAUCAUGGUCGCUCGGUUGCAUGCCAUGUAUCAGCGCAGAAAGAUGCUGAUAUUUCUCUCCGUCGUCCUCCUGGCUGUCACCAUCGGCAAUGGAGUAUCCAUAACAAUAAUAACGAUGCGUAUGUCAGAGGAAGAGCUUGUUCUCUCCGGCACCUACCAGUGCUUUGUUAACUUUGUGGAUAACACAAGUCUUGCUUAUUCCAUGUAUUGGAUGUUCAUCACUGCAUGGGAGGUCCUCGCACUGUGUCUCGCAAUUUGGAUUGCUGUAAAACACUUCCGUGAACUGAAACGACCAUCGACCGGAUGGGUUAUCGGUGACUGUUUCAUGGCAUUAACGAAGAGUCAUGUGGUCUACUUCGUGAGCUUUGUUGCUGUCUCUUGUUUCAACUUCGGUUAUUUGUCUCCAGCUGUCUCAGCGGACCCAUUUACACUCGCGAGUCAGAUUUAUCCGGGUCUUACUCAGAUUUUCUUGCUCGUCCAGUUGUUUGUGCUGGGACCGCGCUUGAUACUCAGUGUUCGAAAAUACCACGCUAAGAGCAUGGCCAACUCUGAUACAGCGAGUGGCGUGACUUCAGUUUAUUUCCAGGAGCUCGUGGAUGUGUCGACUAGCAGUAGUGUGUAGCAUAGGAAAUAGGUUGGAUGUGAUUUAUAUUUGUCGGGUAC